CGAAGAUCCAAAAAUCCUUUGGGAAGCACUUCGACGAACCACACAACAACACAACACCAUCCUCGAGCAUCCCCAUAUCCAACGAUUGCCUCAUCAUUCCCAUCCAUACACUCAAGUUAAAGAUGUUGUCCAACGCGUUGAGGAGAUGCUCUACAAGGUCCUCGCUGAUCCUUGGUGUCAGCCGCACAGCCGUUCGAUCGUCGUUGGUGGCGGCGGCCAACAACAACAGCCAUCUCGUUGCUGUUGGCACGAAUCCAAGAUUCUUGUCGUCUGAUUCUCAUGACGAUUUCGCUCCUCAAAAGAAGGCCACUGUGGACGGUGAAGAAGAAGCUAUUGCCAUGAUUAAGAGCCAUGUGGAAGGCAACCGUGUCAUGCUCUACAUGAAGGGCAACCCCAGUAUGCCCAUGUGUGGAUUUUCCGCUCGUGUGGUGGACGUGCUCAAGAAGGAAGGUGCGGAUUUCAGCUCCGUUAAUGUUCUUGACUAUCCCGCCAUUCGAGAAGGUGUCAAGAAGUUUUCCGAAUGGCCCACCAUACCUCAAUUGUACGUCAAUGGAGAAUUCAUUGGUGGAUGUGAUAUUAUCACUGCCAUGCAUGAAAGUGGGGAGUUGAAGGAGGUUCUGGAAGAAGAAAAAUAA